GGAAAAAGUCAAUCAGUAGUUUCGGGAGAAAACGAACAAUAAAAUCGACAAAAUGGUGUCCGCUGAUGCUUUGACAAGUGAGACAGCUCUUUUGCUUUUGAGCUCGUUGUAUUUCCAAGGCAACUGGGAUCAACAGUUUUCUGUAUCUAGCACACGUAAACAGACGUUCUACAACCAUGGAAAACAGCAAGUCUCAGUCGAUAUGAUGUUUGCAUCAGCUCGGUCCGUUAAUUACGGAAAGAGCGAUCUUUUAAACGCUCAAUUCUUGGAAAUAGCGUUUGAAAAACACCACGCUUCGAUGGUUGUAGUUCUUCCAGAUCAACUGGACGGCAUUUACCAACUUGAAACGAAGAUUAGUGAAAUUUUCAAUUUUCGCGACUUUUGUCCCGGGACGGUUAAUAUUUGGCUGCCGAAAUUUCGCAUGGAUAGCACUUUCAACAUCGACAAGAUUCUACAACAAUUGGGCGUGAAAGAUGCCUUUGACGAGACAAAAGCUCAAUUCAGUGGAACUGUGUCAUGUGCCGAUUGUCACUCGCCGUACAUCGGCAAAGUUACCCAAAAAACUUAUCUGCAAAUCAAUGAACGAGGAGUUGAAGCAGCAGCUGGUCAAGUAGUACAUGUUCGUGUUCCGUUGUCUGGUGGGCGCAAGCAAUUUAAAGCCGACCAUCCAUUCCUGUUUUACAUCAAGAUAAAAGACGUUGUGGUCUUUAUUGGGCGAGUCAGUGCAUUUUAAAAACAGUGUACAAAAUGAAAAAUAAAAUUUGACUAAA